CAGAUAAACCCUAAACCCUGAAAACGCCUCAACUGAAGUGAAAAUUGCUCUUUGUUCUUCAGCCAGUUGUUACAAAUAUGGCAUACUGUCGACAAAGAGAUUUUAUGUUCUGUGAAAUGUGUGGAACAAUGCUUGCUUUUGAUUCACCCAAGUAUGCUCGAUGUCCCUUAUGCAAAUUCAAGAAACGUGUCAAAGAGAUCGCUGGAAACGAGAUACAGUAUACCGUUUCUGCUGAGGCUAUUAAAAGGGAAUUGGGCAUAUCUUCGUUUGAUGAUCUUGAAGAAGAGAAAGAACUAAAGCAAAUGGAUUAUAAUGCAAAAUGUAAAGGUUGUCAGCAUUUAGGCAUGUCAUACAUAGCCAGACAGAUUAGAUCUGCUGAUGAAGGGCAAACUAUCUUCUAUACAUGCCUUGUUUGUGGAAAUAAACAAACUGAGAACUCAUGAAAACACAGCUCGGCAGGUCUCCAUGGUGAACGGAUGCUGUUUUUAGUGUAUGCCCAUCCUUCGAAUUUUGCUAGAGUUCAUACCAUAUGAUUGCCUGUAUCUUUAUGCAUGGAAACACUUGUAAAAAUCCUACAUUGUCUUUGAGUUCUGGAAAUAGGAUCUUAGUUUUCCCAGCUUGAACCAAAGUGAAAGUACAUGCAUAUAAUUCUUUCAUGAAAUGCACUUGGCAAAGCUUCAAAAAUGCCUCAACCCUACAUGUCUUGCAUUUAUUGUACACCCUGAAACCUGGUUGGUUGCUGCAUCUUGUAGCUUGGUGUUGGGGCCUUGUCGCGCCCAAUUUUUUUGCGCUAUUUCAUUGGUAAUAUGUAUGGAUAGCAUGAAAAUGUUACCCCUACUAUAAGGUUCUAUUUAACGAGUGUUUGUGUUAA